AUGAUUCCGAUUGUUCUCACACUUUUUUUGGCGGCUCUACAGCCUAAUAUUGCGGCUGCCAGUGGUUCGUUUAGGCUUUGCACCUAUGGCACUACUAGUACGUCCAAAUGUAAAGCCCUCUUGCGUGCAGCGAAUAGCCAACCAGUUGAGCUGAACCUGGUCUGCGUCGGUCUUGAGAGUCGGGACGAUUGUAUGAACAGUGUAAGUAUUGGCCGCAGCGAUCUCGUCGUGCUCUCCCAGCAUGACUAUCAGAUGGCACGUAGGAUCGGCCUCAAGCCAAUACUGUAUGCCCGUGAGAGUAAAAGCAGCCACUAUAUUGCCGUAGCUCCAGCAAACAUUACAGUAGCGGAGCUAAAUGACGCCCAACUUCAAUUGGAUACGAGAGACCAUGGUGCUUUCCAUUCCGCUGUGGCUUUCAAUAAUGCCAGAGGCCGUAAUGUCUGCCCGGACUCCUAUUUCGUUUCAGACAAGCCCACCAUACGUAUUCUCAACUCAGCAAAAUAUGAUUUCGCUGAGGCUAAUAACGAUAUUCUCAUUUGCCUAACUGGCGGAUCUGCUGCGGUUACCAAAGACAAUAUCGAAACUUGUAAUUUUGAUACGGGUCUUCAACGUGCGAUAUUUUCUUCGAAUACAUUUAGCAUUAGACGCCUGGACGAGGUGCGUGGCGUCUUUAUUAAAUUGUUGCAGUAUUUCAAGGGAGAUCGUGCUCGCACCUUCAAUUUCUUCUCCACCUUCCACAGAGUUAAUGAUGUCAUCUUUAAGAAUGACACGGUUGGCUUUGAUCUGAGCCCCACCUUUUACAACGGUGUUGAUGAGAGCCUCUUCAACAAGUUACAUUGCGGACGUCCCGAUCUGGAGCAUAGUGAGGUGCAGUUGGGAGACGAUUUGGUAGAAACAGGAAUAUUUGAUCAAAUUCGCAAAUAUGCGCCGUUCGUGCUUCCCUUUUUGGGUUAAUUUGUAAUGAGCGUCAAGUUCCUCCCAUUUAGGAGAUGAAUAAAUAUAUAAGUAUCAAUUGCACAUAA